CGCAAAUGUACUGCGGGAGUCUCCCUUUUGCUUUCGCUUCCAAAAAUUUUGAGAUUCAAGAAAUUUUGAAAAAAGUUAUGUAAGCAGGUUGAGGAUGUGGAAACCGUUUAAGUACAAGAUUAUAAACUUCUUUACAUGAUAGCAUCUUUCAAGAACUUCUUUGUCACGCAGGGCAUGCCGAAAAGGACAGGGUCGUAGUUUUCUUUGAUAUAGAAUUUCAUGAUACAGCGUUUUUAAUAAUUCUAAGACCAGUUUUAGUUUUUGUUUUUUGGGCAGUGCAAAGGCAUCAGGUAGAGUUGUCGCAAUUCCUUGUAGUCAUAUCUUCUACUUCUCCACGUUUGGGCUAAGCCUUCAGCACUACAUCCAAUAAAAUCAAAUAUGGCUCCCAUCGACGAGUCACCAUUGCCUGCCGCGUCGGAAGGAGGCGCGGCCGGGGCUAGUCCGGACCCGCGAACUAGACCAGUGAAGAAGGUGAAAAAUGUCAGUCAGGAGGUGGCAGUUGCAGCGUUAGACCUGCUGAACAAAAAGCGAGAGCAGGCCGUCAAAGAUCACAACUACGAACAGGCAGGUGAGCAUGUUGCAGCGUCGUUUUGAAUUUGAACCCGUUGUCAAAUAGAAGUGUAGGAGUGCAAGUGCAUUAUAUUCAGGUAUCAAACUCUAAACCAAUACUCGUACUCUAAGUCUUUUUCGGCACCUCCUCUUCAUCUUUUCUACAUCCAGGUAGAAUCCAUGAAAAGAUGAAGCAGCUAGAGGACCAGUUAGGUGCCGACUAUCAUUCAAUAUCCACGAAUCCUGUGCUACGGAAAGGCCUUCUGAAGAGUGGAAAGGGGCUCGACCACGAGGAAGAAGGAAAGCCUUUGCUACCACUGGAGAAAGGAGGAAUAUUUUCUGCUGCAAAUCCUUUCAAGACCGUGCGGCUUCUGCGAUCUAGCGGGUAAGUACUAGAAACUGAUCUUGAUUAUGCAUUUGCCAAGUGUGCGGAAACAUCAGUUACUCCAUCAUGAAUCUAUAAAUAUCUUCAAAGAUGAAGAAGAAGAUGCAAGGGUUUAUAACCCACCCUUGCCCGAUUCACGAUCAGGUAUUCGCAGACGGCCACAUUUGGUCUUCUCUUUACGAUUUAUGCAAUAGUCAUCGUUGCAGAGAUGGCCCUCUUGAGAAUAGGAAUGACGAUCUUUCAGAUUGAGAGUAUAUCCGACAUGUUUACUGUGGGUUUAGCAGCGAGUAACAAUACUAUGGCAGGCGGAACGUCAGGGGUAAGGGUAACAGCUGCUGCGGAUUCCGGUGGGCAUGCAAUCUUAGACGAUCUGUAGACCACCCUGGUGAUGCAUGCAGAUCAUGUGGCACAUCAAAUGGGUCGAGAAAAUACGCGCUGAAGAUUUACAUAGAAUUCAUGUAUUCUAUAAAUUCGCUUUUUUUCUCGCUUGGUAUGAUUUUCGAUCAUGUCGAGCAGUUCCCGCGGAGGAGGUUGUGGCAGAUGCCACUGUUCUUGUUGCUACGAGACGACGAGUGAAAUCGGUUAAACAUAAACUUGAGCAGCUAUCUUUGGCGGCAUGCCAGCCUUCCUUGUUUAAUACAUCAACGGGCCACUGUUUUUAGUUCUGGUACAAGAUAAUCAGAUAAGGGUAAGAUUCCGGGACGAGGGACGAACUGUAUUGUACAGAAUGGUACUGCAAGAACGACCCUGCUUUCAAACCUACUGUUACCCGAUUAAUUUCCAUUGCAGAUCAUGAGAAGUUACGAAAACCACCCUACUCCGAUUGGGUUUUCUGUCUCAAAUUCUGUCUCUCCACAACCCCUGUUGUUGUUCCAAUUCUUAGAUUUGGUAGGUGACUAUAACUAAAGCUUAACAGG